UGAGGGCGACCACAGCCGCGCUACUCCUGCUCUCAGCAGCAACUCUUAUAAUGGCCGAGAGUAACUUCAGGCCGCAUGGGAUGGACCUGGUUCGUUUCUUAUCUCAUAAACCAUGGUUCAAUUGGCCCCAAGCUACCCGAGAUCGAUUACAACGUGCCAACAUACUUAACGAAGAUACUAAUCCUGACGAUAACCAAGAUGAUGCAGUUACUGUUAAUAAUGAUGAUAUGAAUGUUGAGACAGCGAAGCGUUCCGCAGUCGCGACGGUGUGGAACGGCAGUCGUCGCCGUCGGCAGCCGACGCCAGCGCUCGGUGUGUUGAACGAUAUGGACAAUUUCUUCGACUUUCUGCGCGAUAAUCUGGACGGUUUGAAUUCGAUACCGUCGCACCAACGCUCCAAUACAUUCCACGAGACACCGAACGUCCUUCAAAUACCUGCAGGAGCUAGUGGUACCGGGAGUGGCAUGAGACGACUACAAGCGCUGCGCCCGCUGCGCCCUGCUGGACACAUCAGAUCCUACAACCGCAGAUCGUUCGUGGAGAGCGAGGAGUACCCAGGAGCCAACAACCACGAUCCUGGCCUGCUGUGGACCGGCCUCGGCCGCCGGUAGACUU